CGAUUCAUACAAGUAUCUUACAUAAAUCCUAUAUAUAAGACAAACUCAUUGAAAUUGAUACAUAUAUACAAACUAAGAAAAUUAAAUUAAGCAUUAUAUUUUGUUCCCAUCAUCUCCAACAUGGCCAAAGCUCUUCAAACAACAACCCUUAACCUACUCAUCUCACUAACUAUUUUGCUCUCUUUCUUGAGACUCACCACUGCAAAUGAUGAUUACUACAACUCUGUAGUACAAAGAAAACACGGGUUUAAGCAUGAGAAGCUGACCCACUUUCACUUCUAUUUCCACGAUACAGUAAGUGGCAAGAACCCCACGAACGUCCAAGUGGCCGAGGCGCCAACGACGAACACUUCGGCCACAUUUUUUGGCAUGGUGGCAGUGUUAGACGACCCUUUGACGGUGGGACCAGAGCCAACUUCCAAGCAAGUGGGAAGAGCUCAAGGAAUCAUAGCAAUGGCUUCUCUGUCCGAUGUGGGACUUUUAAUGAGUUUGAACUAUGUUUUCACUGAAGGUAAAUACAAGGGUAGCAGCCUUAGCAUAUUGGGACACAACUCCAUACUUUCGGCGCUUAGAGAGAUGCCUGUAGUUGGUGGAACUGGACUUUUCAGGUUCGCAAGAGGCUAUGCACUAGCCAAGACUUAUAUGUUCAACGCCACUAGUCAUGAUGCUAUUGUGGAGUACAAUGUCUAUGUCUUGCAUUUUUAGUUGGUAAUUGAA